GAGUCCUGUGGCGGCAAGCGAACUCCGAUUUUCUCUAGUGUCGCGUCAACUGCCGUUGGAGAGCCCCGUGUGCAUUUCACCCCGUUCGUGUGAGUGACGUCAUUUGAAGAGACUAUCAAUCCUAUUGGUAAUAUAGAACGUGCGCCAUGAAAGAACAAGACAAAACUGAAGAAAAUAUAAGGAAGAUCGUGAAAGAGAAAGGAGAAGAAGGAUUACUUUUCUUCGUGUUAUAAAACUGUGCAGUUCUUCUGUUACUUUUCUUUCUUUCCUUCUCUUUUCUUUUCUUUUCUUUUCUUUUCUUUUUUUUUGAUUUUUUCUUUUUACUCUUUACUUUUUCCCCGUCGUUACUUUGGUAGUAGUGCUUUUUACGGGAGUUGUGCGGUUUGGAAAAAGUACUUUGAAAGAACGUAUCGAGGAUGUAUCGAUGCUGCCGUUGCUGUUGCUGCCGUCGUUGUUGCUACUCCUGUUACUACUACCGCUGCUACUACUUCGUGGAUACUACUAUCAAGACGACGUCGUUCGAAUGUGCAGGAUCGUUUGUAUCGGACGCAGGUGAAGCAUGAGGGAACUCCUCGUAUCCUGGACGUAAUGAUGCAGAGAGCGGUGCUACUGCUCUGUUGGCUGCCGCUCCUCAACCACUGCCACGCCGUAAAUCCAGGUUGCAAAUGUGUCAAGUAUAGCAGCGCGGAUAGACCACAGGGUGGCACUUUUAUGACGCCCUAUUUUCCAAGAAGAUAUCCAUCGAACAUCGAUUGCCUCCUCUACACGUUCACCGGUCAACCAGACGAGAUAGUAGAGUUAACGUUUCAUCAUUUUAACAUACAUAGAGUUCGAUCCGAUUGUACGAGAGGUGACUUCAUCAAGGUGUUUCUUCACUUGGAGAACGAAGGGGUGUCCGAAUAUACUCCCUGGUCUGGAAUUUUGUGCGGAGAAUUACGCGAUAUUCCUCAAAUUUUGUACAGCUCAAGAUCAACCCUCAUACUCGAACUUCAUACCGAGUUACCCUCUUCAAAUGCGACGGGCUUUUCCGGAACUUUUCGCUUCAUCGACAGACGAUUAUUCGAGACGAAUGGACUGCUAAUACCUGGAACGAUGUGCGACCACGAGUUUGUCAGCUCUCAAUUAACGCCUCAAUACGGACGAUUUUACUCGCCACGUUAUCCCUCCUCUUAUCCGAAGAACAUUCGAUGCUCGUAUCUCUUUCGAGCGAGACUCAAGGAGAGGAUUCGUAUAGUGUUCGAAGAGAUUUCUCUGCAGAAAGGGGACCUGAGUUGUCUGAAUAGAGCAGAUUUAAUCAGGGUGCACGACGGAACGGACUCAGGAACGCCCACAAUAGCCGUGCUUUGCAACCAAGGAGCAGAAGUGGAAGUACUCAGCACAGGGCCAGACCUCUACGUCGAGUUCGUCGCUAAUUCCGAGUGGCCUGGCCAAGGCUUCAAGGCGAUGUUCCAAUUUCAGCCAUUGGACGAUGCACCUCAUCCUGAGCUGGACAAGGUCGUCCCAGGGGCCGUUACUGGUAACCCCAGGUACUCGGUCAUCGGGCCGGCUGUCAGCGCAACCACAUCAUCCUGCGAUAUGGUGUUCAACAGUGACUUGACAAAAACAGGAGUAGUUACAUCGCCAGGAUAUCCGAAUCCUUAUCCAUCAAGGACUAAUUGUAAGUACGAUUUCCAAGGAAGAGGAAAGGAACGCGUCCAAGUGAUAUUUCAAGACUUUAAUCUUUAUCAUACUCCUGGCGACACGGACGAUUGCAAGAGAGUCGAUUCGUUGGCGGCAUACGUGCAAAUAGAUGGAAAAAUGGAUAAAAUCGACUCGUUUUGCGGAGAGUCGUUACCACGGCCAAUCAUGAGCAAUGGACCACGGCUUUUCCUCGAAUUUCAUGGUGUAACGUCUUCGCGUUAUUCGAGAGGCUUCAAAGCAACUUACUCCUUUAAGGAAAACUUCGGUAUAACGACGGGUCGACAGGAGGCGAAAUAUCCCUGUGCCUUUGUCUUCAACAGCAACGAGACUCGCAACGGUACGUUUGCGUCGCCAAACUAUCCAGGAUUAUAUCCACGUGAUACCGAGUGUCACUACUUCUUCAAUGGCCAACCAAACGAGCGUGUGCAUCUUCAUUUCCAUUUCUUCGACGUCGAAGGAGUAUUACCGUGCGAAGCUCUGACAGCGAGUGACUUCGUUGAAUUCUCGAACUAUAUGGCGAAAGAUCGAAAAUACUCGAGACAUUGUGGUCAGAUGAAGGAAUUCGAUGUUGACAGCGAUAGAAAGUUCUUUCGUGUAACCUUCAAAAGUAAUGAUCGAUUAGACGGCACGGGUUUUAAUGCCAGUUAUGUAUUUUUGGACGAGGAGGAGAAUUACACAGUGAAGGCACCGACGAACGAAGCUAUUCUCAUACGAUGUACCACGGUACUCCUGUUCCUUACAAGUUGUCUUCUCUUUGGCCAUACCUCGCCUUAAUCACGAUCGGCAACUACUUGUGGAAGGGUUUUGGCUCAAUUUACAACGAACUAAGAACAUGGAGAGAUCGAGAGCCAUCUCGAAGUCAGUCAGAAUCCUAAACCGUUCUACUACAAAAUUACGAGCAUCAUCAACAACACCCAGUACCACUUCGCAAACCCUCAGGAGUGUCUCGUCGCAUCGAAGAAUGUGCCUGUUACUGCUCCGUUUGUUUGCGUCAAUGGAAUUGCCGAAGGGAUAGACAUCACCGACGAACGACGAAAUCUAUUAUCUUUCGAAAUAAGAUAACUUCGCUCUCACAGAUAUCUUCUGUAUAUGCAUAUACAUACAUAUAUAUAUAUAUAUAUAUAUAUAUAUAUAUACACAUAUAAUUUGUAUGUAUGUGUUAUAUUUAUGCUAUGUUCAUAUAUAAUCCUAUACAUUAUACAAUAACAUUUGUAUAUAUGUAUAGUUAUAUAUACAUAUACAUACAUAUAUAUAUAUAUAUAUAUAUAUAUAUAUACACGUACAUAGCGUUCUAAUAAGAUACGACGUCCGUUCAAAAUAUAUCCAAGUCAUACGAUCGCUCCCAAGAAGAGAGAGAGAGAGACAGAGAGAGAGAGAGAGAGAUAAUUAUUGGCAAUAAUCUAGUAUUCAUGAAUAACGAUGGACGAUCUUGUUAUUAAGAGAUGACAGGAAUUUCAGGAGAUAGUAUAUGAUGUCACAUCAAAGGAGUUAUUAUUGCUGCUUUCAUAUUAGAUCUAUUAAUAUUAUUAUUAAAUAGAAAUGAAUUUAGAUACAUUAUAUACUCUCAAUCAUUCGUUUUUUUUUUCUUUUUUCAAUAUCAUUAAGUAUCUCUUAAUAUGUUCGCGACAUCAUUUAUUAUAUGUAAGAUAUCGUACCUGACAAAAUAUUCCUUUUAAUCUAUCGAGAAGGAUAAAAAAAAAUAUGUAACAAUCAGGGAUUAGUUCGAACAAUGUGACACUUCGUUUGACAAAAAAAAAAGAAAAUAACACUGGCAUCGAUAUAACAUAUUUUCUCUCUCAAAUAAUGAUAUUACAAACGAAUUUAUUAAUCGCUAAUUACAAUCUAUCGGUUUCAUAAAAUCAUACAGUAUGUACGUACGUAUGUAUUUACAUACUUAUGUACGUACUUACAUAAGUGCGUGUAUUGAAAAAAAAAGACGGUAAAAGAAUAUAAAAAAAAGAUUCAACAAAGAACAAUCGCCUUCUUGAACGCACUAUAGGGCACGUUUAUUACUGCAUGAUAUACUCUAUACGACUGUGAUGUUCCCAUUCUUUCCUAGUUUAUUAGAAAAGAAGAACAAGAAGAUAAAGAAAAAAAAGAAAGAAAAGAAAGAAAAGAAAAGAAACGAGAAAAGAAGAAGAGAAAAGAAAAGAAAAGAAAAACAAAUAAUAAACUAACGAAGAUAAGUCUGACCACACGCGAAAUUGAAACUUCAAUCAUAAUCUUUACUAGUAUACUGGAGAUAAUCACAAGACUUCACGAUAUAGUCGAGUUUUCAAGCGAGAUUAGAAAAGCCACAGGAUACGACGUCGAAUUUUUUUCCCAAGGAAAAAGAAAAAAUAAAAAAAAGGUAAGAAAGAAAGAAAGAAAGAAAGAAAGGUUCUUAUAGAAAAGUUUAUCGAACGAUCUAGUAUAAAAUUUUCGAAGAUCUAUCUAUAUUAACUGAGUCACGAUAUAUAUAUAUAUAUAUAUGUAUGUAUAUGUACCCACAAACACACAUACACAUACAUAUCUAUAUAUAUAUGUGUAUAUAUAUGUAUAUAUAUAUAUAUAUGUAUGUAUGUAUAUCGUGACUCAGUUAAAUCGUCUUCAAUUAAUUAAGACCGAUCGAUAAUGCGACAUCUAAAUAACGUUGAUUAUUCGCACGUCAAUCGUUUUUUCUUGAUUUGCAUUCUACAUUGAAAAGGAAAAACGAAAAAAACUUCAAUGAAGAAAAAAUAAAACGACUCGACGUUGGCGAUAUCGAUCGGCAAAUGAAAGGGGUAGAGAGAGAGAGAGAGAGAGAGAGAGUGUGUGUGUGUGCUAAGUUUUCUGAACUCGAUAUCAAACGAUGUGUAUCUCUAGAUACAUAAAUAGUUAGCAAUACUGUAAUUGUGUACGUUAGACUAUUGUGAAGAUUUUUUAAUAGGUUUAUAAUGCGUUGAUUGGUAACUUCUCCCAAAUGUUUAGGUUCACUUUUAAGAACCCCCCCUUGUUGUGUGUAUGUGAUAAGACCCAGAAUGUUUUUGUGAGAAAGUAAAAAGAUUAAUGAAUAAAUAAAGAAAGAAAGAAAAAAAAAGAGAGAAGAGAGAGAGAGAGAGAGAGAGAGAGAGAGAGAGAAAGAGAGAGAAUGAAAAGAAAAUAAAAAAUUUGUAGAAUAAGUGUGAAACCAAUAAUCGUUUGCGUUUACUACUAAUUUAUAUAUGUUAUCUAUGAGAGAAGAUGAUAAGAAGAUAAAAAGAUAAAAAAAGAAAAAAGAGAAAACAAUAACAAUAACAGCAACAAGAAAAGAUAAUGAAGAUGAGAGUAAAACACUAUUAUUAGUAAGUUGUAAUACCUAAAUUGGCACUAUGAGAAAAACUGCUUGUAUGUAACUAUCACAUUGUAAAUAUCGUUACAUUUAAUCCGUUCGAACUGCUGCUGUCACUAACAUUACAUACAUACGUACAAACGUACAUGCAUACAUACAUAUAUAUACAUACAUACAUAAUACAUAAAAAUACAUACAUAUUGUCAUACACUCGCAUUCCGUACCAAUAACCUCGCGAAUAUAAAACAGACUAAUGAAGGAGGCGAUAAGUCGCAUAUAUUACGCCGAUCGAAGGAGAAGAAAAGAAUAGAAACAGAAAAAUAUGAAUGAUUUAGCUUCCGACCUCGUUCUUCUCGUUACAAAAAAUAUAAUGAAAUAGCUGAACGAAUCGAUCGCCCAUACCUAUUUCUCCCAUCGAAAGAAGAAAAUCUCGAGCAAGGAAGUAUCGUAAAUCCGCAGGGACUUUUUUUUGAUUUUCUUUACUUUGUUCUAUUGGAAAUACAUACUCUUGGAAUUCUCAAAAAAAAGGAAUUAUCAAUUAAAAAAAAAAAAAAAAAAAACAAAAAUAAAAAUAAAUAGAGAGAUAUUAGAGAGAUGUAUGAAGAAGAAGAAAAAGAAGUAGAAGAAGAAAAAGAAAAUAGAAAUGAAAAAAAAAGUAGAAAAAAGAAAAUGAUUAUAAAGUUCCUGCGAUUUACGGUUUGACCCUUCAUAACCUGGUCUUUUAUCCGUAAUUUUAUAUUAUAGAAAUCGUAAAAGUCAUCGAUCUUGAAAGCAAUGUCUCGUAGUUAUUUAAAAGAAAUAAGAAAAGAAAAAAGAGAAAAAGAAAAAAAAAGAAAUGAAAUGAAUGAAAGAUAAGACUCUAUACAUAUAUACAUAUAUACAUAUAUAUAUAUAUAUGUAUAUGUAUAUAUAUAUAUAUAUAUAUAUAUAUAUAUAUAUAAAUAUAUCCGAUCUAUCUGUCUAUAAAAUCGUAUCGCAAGUUUUAUAUCAGAGUUUAUGAAAAGAUUUAGAAACUAAUCGAUCGUUAAUUAAAAACAGCAUUAUCAAUAUCGUUUCAUUAAUUGAAUUUAUUACUAUCUAAUUAAAAUUGGUCUUUGAAGGGUUAACAAAGCAAAAAUGCUCAGUGCGAUCAGGUAGUAGGCAGUUCAGGGGCGGCCUAGUAUAGCAAGUUCCUGAAUCCGACGAGAAAAGGAAGUAGGAAAAAAAAGAAGAAAAAAGAAAGAAAAUAGAAGAAAUCUUUAAAAAGAAUAAUUCUCGAAAUUAUUGAAAGAAAAAUCAUCGAUACAUUAAUUAAUGGGACCUGCGAAUUGUCAAAAAUGUGUCGCGCCUGAGGCGUCCUCGAAACGUUCUCCUACGAUUGAAAACUAUCCGAAAGCGAACGUGGCCAUCUUGCUCCGUUAAAAAAGAAGUGAGAAUAAUAAUAAUAAUAAUAAUAAUAAUAAUAUAAUAAUAAUAAUAAUAUUAAUAAUAAUAAAUAAUAAUAAUAAAUAAUAAUAAUAAAUAAAAUAAAAUAAUAAUAACAAAAAGAAGAAUAAAAGAAAGAAAGAAAGAAAGAAAAAAAGAUUCAUUUUCAAAAAAAGACGGAGGAACGAUGGCCACGAUAUCCACCAUUCUCCAGGUGGAUAUAUUUUCUUAUUCUGUUUUGAGGCUCUUGCCUCGUUCGUCUCGUACAUGAUAAGUUAAUCGAAACUGUAAAAAAUAAUGCGAUUUCAUCGUUUCUCUCUCUUCAACCCUUCUCUAUCUCCUCACAGCCAAAGAAAGAAAAAAAAAGAAAGAAAGAAAGAAAGAAAGGAAAAAAGGAAGGAAGAAUGAAAGAAAGAUAAAAAAAGAAAAAAAAGUAAAAAGUAAAAAAAAAACGAAGAAAAAUGAAAAAAAGAAUAUCACCAAUCUUUUCGGUAUCCACUAAACCUCCAUCCUCGAUGAAUCAGUCUUCGAUGCUUCGACGUGAAAAUAAAAAUAAAAAUGAAAAUUAAUGAAAUGACAAAACUUGGCGGGCAGAUUUUCCGCUGCAUCCGAUCCGUUCCAUUUCUCGACAUACUCUCUCCGCCGUUAUGUUCCUCUCAUUAUUAUUCAAUAUACGAUUGCGUUAACACAUA